UCAGUUUUAUUUUGAAACCGGAAGUAAUGCUUGCCCGCGUCAACAUCGUAAAGUGCUGCUCAGAGUAACGGUAGCCGACUUUGACCCAUUGUCUGGCUGGAGUCAUUAAUAACGGGGAUCCGCCGGUGUGGUAGCUAACCGGUUAGCUGUCCUAAAUGGAGUUUCGAGUUAAAAGAUGAUCGCUUCACUCUCAAGAGGAAGUUUGCUGGAUGAGGUUCUUCAUGGAGGCUACAACGAGCAGCAGCUGGCAGUUUAUGUUUCCUGGGUAAACUCUCAGCUGAGGAGGAAACCAGGUCUGGAGCCCAUCACAGACCUCAGGCACGAUCUGCAGGAUGGAGUUGUGUUCCUACAGCUAAUUGAGAUAGUUGCUGGUGAAGUGCUGGAGGGCGUCUACAAACCUCCACAGAACAAAGAGGAAAGCAGAAAGAAUGUGGAGGAAGUCUUGCAGUUCAUUUCCUCCAGACACAUACGCAUGCCACAUAUAUCUGCUAAAGAUGUUGUCGAUGGCAAUCUGAAGUCCGUGAUGAGGAUCAUUUUGGCAUUAGCAGCUCAUUUCAAGCCAUCAGCCAAUCACAGAACAACUUCUGGAAGUGGGCGUGGCUCAAAAACAGCCAGCACAAGCCACAAUCCUCACUCCACUGUUGCACUGGCUCAGGGAGCCGCUGCUGCUCUGGCAUCAGCUCGACUGGAUGUCUCACUACCUACAAAUGGCACAUGCAUCAACAGGUCUAACAGAAAACCCCCUCAGACACUCUUUGCGAGGAGUUUGCAGCCCACUUCAGAGGGAAGUGUGUGGGGCUUGGAUGAGGAGAAGAGCGUGUGUGUACGUGCCUUGGUUCAGCAGUAUGAAAGAGGUGCCACAGAUGAGCCGGCCAACCCCCCACCAAGCAGCCUCAGCUCCAUCAGUCCACUCUCAUCACCCAGAGGUCAGUCGAGCCACACGGACCGACAAGACCUGCAGCAUCAGGAGAGCAGUGAGUCACCUGGUGCUGUAAUGGAGCGUUGGGAGGAUUCCAUCAGUGAGAUGUUGGAGGAGGAGGUGCAGGAGGCCCGUAAGAUGGUCUCUGCUCUGCAGGCUCUGCUGCUGCACGGUUCUCUACCUGAGGAAGAGCAGGAUGUGUGUGUGUCGUUGGACACCAACAGCGCUGAGCAGCAGCUGGUCGUCCUUCGUGGUCGUUUGGAUCAGAGUAUGGAGGAGAUCAGGGAGCUGAAGAGAGAGCUGCUGCGCUGUAAGCAGGAGAUGAGAAACCUGCAGGGAGUCAAGGAGGCCCAGCAGCAGAGGUUGUGCUCUCAGGAAGCAUCCAUACUGCAGACGAAGCAGGAGCUGCUCAGAGCCAGCAUGACCAAGGACGAACUCAACAACCAGAAUGCGGAGCUUAAGUGGAAGCUGGAAGAAUGCAACAGACUAUGGAGCGAAUGCAAGAUGGACGUGGGACAGAAGGACAGGUUACUUCAGCAGCUCAAAUACAAGCUUGAAGAAAGUCAGAAAACCCAGACGGAGUUACAAAGAGAGCUGCAGCAGAAGCACAGCCUGCUGCAGGACCUCAUGAGUAGAAAUCUGCCAGAGAUCCCAAACAGCCCUGAAAACAAUGGAUAUUCCUACUCUGGGAAUCCAGCUCCUCCUGUGUCGGGUCAGCAGGCAGAGGAGGUUCAGCUGCUCCGAGAUGCUCUGAGGAGUCUGAGGAACAACUUCAGUGAUCAGGACCCCCAGCAGCACACGCUGGACACUCUGGAGCAGGGAAUAGUGUCCCUCAUGGACAGGCUGCGUGUCCUGCAUACAAACAGGGGAAGAGGGAAAUCCCCACGACGCAAAGGUCAACACACAGAUCUGGACUCCUGGCCUUCCACCAAUAGUCGUCAGUCUCACAGUAACCCACCUCCUUCCACUAAAAUCCUGUACUUUACUGGUAAAUCUCCGACACCCUCCAUGAUCCAUGUAUCCAAGAGGCUUGGUGAGGUGACGCUCAGAGAUGUGAAGGCAGCUGUUGAUCGAGAGGGAAACUACAGAUAUCAUUUCAAAGCUCUAGACCCGGAGUUUGGCACGGUGAAAGAGGAGGUGUUUCUGGAUGGAGCAGUCGUUCCAGGCUGGGAGGGAAAAAUCGUGGCCUGGCUGGAAGAGGAUGGUGGCGAGGAGAGGCCGCUGUAGGUGUACAGCCAUGAUGUGUCAUCGAUCAGCUGUUCAUCACCCAGAGACAACCACCAGAGCUGUUCGCCCUGCUGAUGCCUGAACUCAGGCCGUAACUGUAGCAGUAGUGUUGUGGUUCAGGCUGUUAGCUCCGGGAGGUGAGACAGAAAGUCUCUCUGUGUUUGGUGUCGUGCACCAGCGAGGCCUCGUAGACCCCAGAUUCAGUCGUGUAGUCUGGUACAAUGGUGCAUCAGAAUCAGCAGCAUUAGCCACUUAUUCAUUAAAGAUUAGGAACAGAUGUUCUGAUAGAGGUGUUAGUGCGAGGUUGAGUCUACACGAGUGCAUGACCUGAAUCCAGACACUUUUCUGUUUAUAGUUUUAGUUUAAUGUAGGCUGAAAAGAGCAUCUGCUGUCAACAGAACUAAGGUCUAAAUGUAUUUUAGGCUCGUCUGUGUUUUGAUGUCAUUGUAAAAACAAAAGCAUCACUUCUUUUGGAUUAACUUCAGGGUUUGUUUUAUGAUUUUAUCCACAAUUUUAUUAUUUGAAGAAAUGAAAAUAUUUGUUAUUUGUUCAAAUAGAGAUUAUUAGUUGAAACCUUCAUUUGGUUUUUGUUGGGUGCAAUUUUUAAUGUUUUGAGGAGCCUUGUUUUGUAAUCAGCUUAUUUAUGGUUUGUAUUUGAGUCUUUAUGCAUGGGCGUGGCACCCUUGGGGGAUGUGGGGGAUUCAACACCCACUUUUCUUAUUGAGAUCGUUCAACACCCACACUUUUCCAGCCGUUUUGCCCACCUCCACACACCAGUCUGGUUUCUCUACUUCGCACUCACUCUGCCUCAUCUCAUUCUCCCCCUCCCUCUCCUGUUUCUCCUUGAAACCCGACAUUGGCAGAAACCUUCUAACAAUGGUAGUUUUUGCAUCUUCACUGUUCCCCGCUUCAGGAUAUGAGCCGACAUGAAUGAUCGCCUGUUAAAUUUGUUUUUGAGGUGGUGACACUUUGAGAAUUUUACUGUGGCCGUGCUCAGGACGCAUCUGUCUGGAGCGCAUCAACGAUCAGAGCUCUGCACCUCUCAGGUCAAAAUAAUCCCUGGAGAGGCCACAUGAAUAAUGUAAUAUAAGUAGAACCCGGAUCGUUAUUGGCUCCCCCUGAAGCUCCCUAGCUCACCCGUAAUGCGAAUCCUCUGUAUAGCACAAGUUUGUCGCGUGAGUUGCCAGAUCCUAGCAGACAGUUGCUGGAACGGUUGUUUCAAAAUAAGAUAGUUCCUGGAUCUUGUUCCGGCAAGACCCGGCUCAAAUUAAGCACUGAUUGGUGAAUAUUUAGCAUGUUUUUGGAAGGGCUUUGUUACUGUGAAUUAUGCGCGGACCCGUUACUGGAUUGGGGUUGAGUUUCAAUUUACAGCUGAUGACAUCCACAGACAACAUCCCCCACACUUUUGAAAAGCUUGCAAUGCGCCUGUCUUUGUGAGUUGAAAUGUUUGAAAAAACAUCAGAUCUUUUCCUGUCUUUUUCCAGUUUAGGUCAACGUGAGCCAACACAAAGAGAGGAGAUGUGAUGAGAAUGUUUUUAAUGCCGCAACUGCCUGUACUGUAAAUAUAGAGUUUACGAGAUGGUGUUUUUGCACUUAUGUUGUUAAAAGAUUUUUUCUUUAGCAAAACAUGGAUACUGUCUGAUUAAAACAUGUUGAAGAAAUCGUUUUGAGGAAUGUUAGAUAUUUUGAAAUAAAACAGAUUUUUUUUCAUAGCAGUCUUAUGUUUCUGGUUUCCAUCGCUGUAUUUUCAUCAGUAGAUAUAUUUUAGAUUUGUCUGAUUAAAUGAUAUUGAUAUUGCUUAUUUGGUCACAACUCAAUAUGUUUUCUAAUGUGUUUAAUAAAUAAGAUGUUUUACAGUC